UCAUUAGAACAUUUCUGAAUUUCAUAUCAAAUGGAUAUUCGUUUAUUUACGGCAAUUUUCUGUGAGUUUUUUGUAGAUAGAUAUGAUAUAUUGUCAGGGUACUAAAAUGUUACGUUCCAGAAACAGGAAAUACUGCAGAAUAUGUUACUUUUGUAGCGGAACCUUUGAUAAAGGAAACUUUGUGAAAAUACGGAAUGUUUAUAACAUCGGUAAAAAUAAAAUAAAAAGAAUGCAUCUUUUACUUAUACUUUUUGGAGCAAUUGUUUCCUACUUCUUUUGGAUACAAUACAUUUACUAUCGGCAGAAUUCAGCAAAGUCACGUAAACAUUGGUUGCGAUUUAUGUUAUGUAGAGACAAACAAAUCAAAUCGUCUCAAACAAGCGAUUUAACUGGCGAUGUUCGAGCACUCUUUUUAACCGCUCAUCCGGAUGACGAAUGCAUGUUCUUUGCACCAGCAAUUUUGAGACUCGUGGAACUAAAUGCAUCUGUUCAUUUAUUGUGUUUAUCUCAAGGCAAUUACUACAAUCAAGGGUUCCAGCGUCGAGAAGAGCUUCUAGACAGCUGUGCCGUUUUGGGAAUACCAGCCUCCCAAGUCACUAUACACGACUGCAAUACGUCCAGCCGGCCUCACAAUCGCAGACCACGUGAAACCACAACAGCUCAGGAUCUCCAAAUCCAGCUUCUUCACCUGGGGGAUCGUCUGAGACCAGCCACGCAGACAGCUGAUAAAACUGGAGAACUGCCAGACGAUCCCAACGUAGAAUGGAGCAUCUCAAUGGCCUCCUCUCUAAUCCUGAAGCACAUCAGAGCCCACUCCAUCAACCUGGUGCUGACCUUCGAUGGAAGGGGAGUGAGUGGCCAUAGCAAUCACACUGCCAUCUACAAGGCUGUUAGCUACCUGGCUUCCAUUGGCAACAUACCAGAUGACUGCAGUCUCCUCUCUCUGUUGACCAUUGGUGUUCUCAGGAAGUACCUCUUCUUCCUGGAGCUGCCUAUCAGCUGGCUCCUCCCAUCAGAUCUCUGCUGCGUCAUAGGCUCAAAGGGCUACAUUCAAGCUAAGAACUUCUCUACUGUCACACUGCGUACAGUACCUGGGUCCAAACAGUGAGGAGCUAUGCCUAGGGUGGGAACACACAAACCUUUUUGUUCAGUUUCAUGCAUGAGAAACACUUCUAACCUAUUGCUAUCGUCACCGUUUUACCACAAACAACAAUACAAGGCAUGUUUUAGGUUUACAUAAUAAGCAAAGGUAAAUAUGACUGAUACUGUGUUUCUUACUGGUUGUCCUUACCAUAUCCAUCUGGAUUGGAACGUGGGGUGAAGAAACUCUGGACUCCACAGGUACUACAAAAUGUGUGCUUCCCAAUGUGUGUAUUAAAUGUAUAUGUGUUAAUAAUCUCCAAACCCUGAAACAAGAAAUUAACCAAAUUAACAUUCAAACUGACCAACCUGGUAGAGCUAUUACCAAACAUCACCCUGUAAAAAUGUUGUAUUACCUGUAAAAGGUUAAACUGAUUUUCUGGCACAAUGAAAUGAUGGUUUUGCUUCUUGGUGCAGAUACUACAGCUAGAUAAAGAAACCAGAAUGAGUCAUAUUGUGAUGGACAUAGUAAGUUAUAAUUCCGUAAUAGAAAUAUGAUUGUAAAAUAAUCAAAAGACAGUUCAUAUACAGAGAUUUUGUCAUUUGGGCAGGAAGUAAACAUUUGCUGAGCCAGAACAGCCCAUAGUUUCUUUUUAUUUUUGCUCAUUCUCAAACCUGUAUCUCCAAUUCUCCAUCACUAUAAAUUGGGGCCCCAGAUUUGCAUUGUUUUCCUUUCUGUUAUCCUCCUAAGACCCAGCAAUUCAUUUUUCCUCUCUAGUGGACAUCAGUUCUUGGUCCUUAUCUCCGAGGCCACUGUAUUAAGAACUGUUGUCCCUUUGAGAGGACAUUCUGGGCUUUUCAAUGAUAUCACGUGUGGGGGUGUGACCUUGACAACCCUAUAUUCCUGGUUCUUAAAAACAAUUGCACAUUUUAUGGACAUUUGAAAAUAAGUGUAAUUAUGAAUUGUAAUUUUUGUGAGUUGGAAAUUCACAUUGUUUCUAGAAAAUAAAUAUCUCAGGAAUAGUGAAGGGGGUUGUAAGGACUGUGUAAUACAUUUUUUCACAUUAAAUAAGAGCUUAUUAAGAAAUAUCCUGUAGUGGACACCCGGAUGCCACAACUAUGUAUUUCACCUACUGUACCCAUGUAAAUGUUUUCAUAUUUAUGUCCUAAUGACCACUACAGAGGGCAAUUUUGCAUUUACAAUAAAAUAUUAAUAUUUUUAGACAUGUUUUGUUUUUUCACCCCAAACACUAAUGUAAAAAUUAAAAUAAUCCCAACAUUUUCUUUCCAGGUCUCAGGAUUAUAGCCUGCCCUUUCUAUUGCUGUUGCAGUGAACCGUAUCUGUAAUGGAUCACUGUUGAAAUGUUGCAGAUCAUACUCGCAGUCGAAAACCAGAAGGUCUGGGGAAUUCCAGACUUCGAAUCUGACAGCCCCACAAUGGCAUCCGCCUGUGUGCUUCACUCGUUCCACCCUGUGUGAAGCAACACAACACAUUUAGACUGUUCAUGAGGCAUGACAACUUCAAUACGAGUUUAAAAUUCUGUUCAUAGACAAGACAUUUUGCUACACACCGUUUUUCCAUUGCAACGUUUAAUGAAAUUGAAAACGAAUUCCAGUGUAUUCCAUUAAAUAUAUUUUGAAAUCGAUGAUCAGAAAUGUCAGCAAGUUAAAAUCCCUCAAGCACUACUGUAGUUUGUCGGUUGAUAUUGCGAGAGAAAGUCCCUUAUUGCCUGUGAGCAAUAUGAGAUGGCUCUAAAUAUGGCUCUGCAUUACAUUGCCAACUUCUGCUUGAACCAUGUUCUACUCCACUCUCACCAUGUAUGCUGAAUCAUGCUUUCCCAAAAUAUUGAUACUCUUCUCUUCAUUCUUGUCACCAGAGGGCCAUGCUCUGUCACCGUAGACCCAUUCAACUACUGUGGUUUCACUGCCUCUAUCAAAGAGUACCAAUAUAAAAAAUAUUUAAACACUUUAAAUGAAUUGUGAACUUGCAGAAAGAAAUACACAGACACUUAGAGAUUGGUUGUGACCAAACAGAGUAGGUUUGGUCUUUUUAUUUAAGAUUUUUUUGGGAAAGUUGAUUUGUAUUACUGAGCCAAACAGUUGGCUCAGUAAUACAAUAUGGGACUGUUUGUUUCUAUCUCAGCUGUGUGUGUCUGCUAGAGGCUUGGUUCUAUGGCUUGGACAUGCUUUUGAUAGUCUGGUGGUUCUGCAUGCUCUCCUCCCACUUCUUUCCACAGAACUUCUCUACUGUCACACUGCGCACAGUACCUGUGUCCAGACAGUGAGGAGCUACGCCUGGGGAAAAACAAACACACACAUACACAAACCAGUCUGUUAACUUUCUUGCAUGGAACACAUUCCAACAGCCCAUCCUCCUUGUUUAACCACAAAUAUUACAUGGCACGUCAGCAUAAAGAAAAAGCCAACAUGCAUGAUUGAUACUGGUCGUCCUUACCAUAUCCAUCAGGAUUGGAGCGUGGGGUGUAGAAACUCUGGACUCCACAGAUCCUACAGAAUGUGUGCUUGGCAGCGUGUGUAUUGAAUGUAUAUGUGGUCAGAUGAU